AUGGACAUGGAAAACACAAGCAGAGCUGACCUGGCUCUCCCAAACCCACAUGGGCACUCUAGUACAUCUGGAAUCGAACUCGCAGAAAUAGCCACCCAUGACCACUCUGUACUGGAGAAGCCUGCCCCACCCAUCCCACAGCGGACAUGCCUGACACUUUUAAGGAAGGAGCUGGAAUUCCUGGGGGUAACACAAGUUCUGAUUAGUCUGAUAUGUUUGUCCUUUGGAAUAAUUGUCUACGCCAUGCUCGAUUUAUCAGAAUCCCAGGAGGAGACUUUUUCAUCAUUUAAAACAGGCUAUCCAUUCUGGGGAGCAAUCUCUUUUGCUAUUUCUGGAGUUUUGUCAGUUAUGUGUGAACGGAGAAAUGAAGCCUAUCUGGUGCCAGGACGACUGGGAGCCAACUCCAUCAGCAGCAUAGCUUCGGGGGCAGGAAUUAUCAUCCUGGUCAUCAAUCUAAAGCAGAGCUCCUCUCAGCUCUACAAAUGCCUGGACGUGGAUGACGAGGCCUGUGCUUCCGCGUCUCUUUCCACGGAAAUCGUGGCAAUGCUCUUGUUCCUCACCGUCUUGGGGUUUUGCAGUGCUGUAUCACUUACGGUCUACGGGAUUGGAGAACUGCUCAGAAAGGAGAAGGUUCCAGAGGAUCGUCUUUAUGAAGAAUUAAAUGUCUAUGCUCCAAUUUACAGUGAACUGGAGGACAGACCGGAAACGUCUCCUUCAACUGAUACAUAA